UUCUUCUGGUGGUCUUCUCGUGGGGCACACACCCCCUUUCAUGAUUCUCUCUUCUACACAAGUCUUCAACCUACCCCACUUCACUUUCACCCUUGUCUGCUUCCUAUCACAGGUGGAGGGCCCUGAAGAAACUUCGAAGUGGGGUUUUGUCUUACAUGAAGUGAGGUCAAUUAGGGUUUCUCUCGAUUAAAGCCAUCUUCUUUAUAAGCUAAUAAGAAUGGAGAAAGAUCACAACUAUUCGGCACCACCAUCCAUGCCUCCAAGCUUCAACACACUAGACUACUCCCUAGACCAACACCACCAUCUGUAUCCGCCAAAUCAGCACCACCUAAUGAAGUUCCAAAGUGAAAGCAACAACAAUGGAUCAAUGGUGGAUUACAUGCCCCAAACACCACCACCACCUCAUGGCUUCUAUGGUAAUAGCAGCUCAGCCACAACAUCCUAUGAUAAGCUGAGUUUUGCAGAUGUGAUGCAGUUUGCAGAUUUUGGACCCAAGUUGGCACUGAACCAAACUAAAAGCUGUGAAGAAUCUGGAAUAGACCCGGUUUACUUUCUCAAGUUUCCUGUGUUGAAUGACAAGAUGGAGGAGGAGGGGGAGGAGGAGCAGAAUCUGAUGGUGAAUAACAAUGACCCUGAUGGUGAAGAUGAAGAUCAUGAUGAGAGGUUCAACUUGGUGGAGGAUAAGUCAAGGGUGGGAGAUCAAGAGGGAAUGAUGAUGAUGAUGAGAGAAGAUGAAGAGACUCGGGUUUCUGAUGACAACAACUCUGUGCAGAUUCGGUUUCUUGGCCAUGAAGAGCCUCAGAAGAAUUGUGCAGCGCAGGAGAACAAGAACAAGAGGAAGAGACCAAGAACUGUUAAGACUAGUGAAGAAGUUGAGAGCCAACGCAUGACUCACAUAGCGGUUGAGAGGAACCGUAGGAAGCAAAUGAAUGAGCAUCUUCGUGUCCUUAGAUCCCUCAUGCCUGGUUCAUACGUCCAAAGGGGUGAUCAAGCUUCUAUAAUUGGGGGGGCCAUAGAGUUUGUGAGGGAAUUGGAGCAACUUCUUCAGUGUUUGGAAUCACAAAAGAGGAGGAGGCUACUUGGAGAAGCUCAAACAAGACAAGUAGGGGAUCCCUCUCUUGCAGCACAACAGCAACCUCCUUUCUUUCCACCUUUGCCUAUUCCAAAUGAGCAGAUGAAGCUUGUGGAGUUGGAGACCGGGCUUCGCGAAGAAACCGCGGAGAGUAAGUCUUGUUUGGCUGAUGUUGAAGUGAAGCUUCUAGGAUUUGAUGCCAUGAUCAAAAUCCUCUCAAGGAGGAGGCCAGGACAGUUGAUCAAGACCAUUGCUGCACUAGAAGAUCUGCAAUUGAUUAUCCUUCACACCAACAUCACCACCAUUGAACAAACAGUUCUUUAUUCCUUCAAUGUCAAGGUGGCUAGUGAUUCAAGGUUCACGGCAGAAGAUAUAGCCAGCUCGGUUCAGCAGAUAUUCAAUUUUAUCCAUGCAAACACUAGCAUGUGAUAUACAAUUAAUAUUUAUAUGUUUUUAUUAUAUAUAUGUUGUGUGGUAGUGUAGGUGUUGUGUUCGUACAAGAAUCACUUGUGAUUCCUAUAGUUGUUUUUAUGACACACCGAUAUUGAUUUUACACCGCCGCUUGCACCCUAUGUCGUUUGGAUUUACUAUUGUUAUGAUCUUACAUUGAAGCAAGUGGUGACUGAACAAGAUGAAUUAUAUAUAGGUGAUGGCUAGUCUGUCAAUACCGUAUAUAUUUCUCUCUCUCCUAAAAGUAGCACAUAGUAUUAAAAGUUUAAAACUAUCAAUAUGCUAAAGAUGAAUUAAUUUUCAAUUUUGAUUUUUCA